UCAAAACAAGUCUGUAAAACCCUUCACUCUCUCAAGUAGAAACGCCGUCGUUCGAAAUCGCUCAACAUGUCUCUAAACCCACUUCCAUGGCUUCUCUAAUCCCCACAACACUCUCUCUUCACUCCCGGCUAACCCGUUUGACCCUGACUCUAACACAAGCACCUCGACCACUCCUUCACUUCAAGGCCACCCGAGCCAUGAGCUCCGAGUCAACUCAACGAGCCUUCCAGCUCAGACUCGACCCUCUCACCGGCAACUCAGAAUGGAUCGUCAUCGAAGAACAAGAACAAGAAGAACAAAUUUCAAACAAUUCGCAGAAACCCCUUUUGGCUACGACGUCGUAUUUAGACAUGCUCAACGACUCUCCUCGUAACAAAGCCUUCCGCCAAGCCAUCGAUAAAACCGUUACCCAACCCUGCCACGUCAUCGACAUCGGUGCUGGGACUGGGUUGCUGUCAAUGAUGGCUGCAAGGGCAAUGUGCAAUGGGGACUCGUCAACGACAUGUCGUAGUAGUAGUACUGAGGGAAUGGUAACGGCGUGUGAGUCUUACUUGCCAAUGGUGAAGUUGAUGCGCAAAGUAGCGAGGCUCAAUGGCAUGGAAAGAAAGAUUAAAGUUUUCAACAAGCGCUCUGAUGAGCUCCAAGUUGGCGUUGAUAUUCCUUCACGUGCAGAUAUUCUUGUUAGUGAGAUACUGGACUCGGAAUUACUGGGCGAAGGGCUAAUACCAUCUCUACAACAUGCACAUGACAAGCUGUUGGUGGAAAAUCCACAAACAGUGCCAUACAGAGCAACUACCUAUGGCCAGUUGGUUGAAAGCAAAUUUUUGUGGAAGCUACAUGAUUUACAUAAUAAUGAAGCAGACACAGGGGAUGGCAUUCAUCUUGUUCCAAGUGGGUUGGAUAGUAUUUUACAUGUCAAAUCCCAACAAUAUGCCAUGCAUUGUGAUGCAAUAAAAGAAGAAAUAAAGCUGCUGUCAGAACCCUUCAAAAUUUUUGAAUUUGAUUUUUGGAAACGGCCAGACAGUCAUCGAGAAAUUGAGCUGCACAUAAAGGCGACUAAUGACGGUAGAGUUAAUGCUGUAGUUUCAUGGUGGAUACUUCAGCUUGAUAGUGAAGGGACUAUCUUUUAUUCUACUGCUCCUGGAUGGAUAAGUUCAGCAAUGAACACAAGUGCUGGACAUUGGUGUGACCAUUGGAAACAGUGUGUUUGGUUUGUUCCAGGAAAAGGUAUGUCCGUCUCCAAGGAUGAAGAGGUUUAUUUACAUGCUGUUCAUACUGAAACUAGCAUCCUUUAUAAUCUCAAGACCGAUGUCCCGAGAAAAAGUGGCUUUGACACUGGGGAUCCACAGCUCAUACUAUCACCAGAAAGAAUAGCAAUUUAUGGAGACAGAGAAUGGAGACAAUCCAUGUUUCAAGCCUUAAGAAAUGCUUUUCAGGAAAGAGUUAAUUCACUAUGCAUUGUUGCGGAUGAUAGUGUUUUCUUAACCCUUCUUGUUGCACAUCUUUCAAAAACAUCACAUGUAAUAUCAUUGUUUCCGGGGCUGAGGGACAAGGGCGCCCAAUAUUUGCAAGCUGUUGCUGAUGCAAACGGUUUUUCAAUGGAUCAUGUUGAAGUUCUUGAAAAGAGGAAAACAUGUUUAACGAUGCAUGAUACACAUCAGAAAAAGGUUGAUCUAUUGAUCGGAGAACCAUUCUAUUAUGGAAAUGAGGGCAUGCUUCCAUGGCAGAAUCUGCGGUUUUGGAAGGAACGGACUUUGCUUGAUUCUGUCCUCUCCAAAGAUGUACUGGUAAUGCCUUGUAAAGGACUACUGAAGGCUUGUGCAAUGUCUCUCCCUGAUUUAUGGAAGAGUCGUCGUUGCUUGAGUAAUAUUGAAGGUUUUGACCAUUCAGUUGUAAAUACUACCUUAGGGGCAUGCGGUGAAUUGCCUGCACCAGAAGAGGGUCCCUGUUUGCCUUUUUAUAUCUGGCAGUGUGGGGAAAUUAAGGAACUCAGUCAGAUAUUUACCGUCAUGGAGUUUGAUUUUUCAAAACCAAUAAAACCAUGUUAUGGAAAAGCCCAGGUUGAAUUCACUGAGCCUGGAAUUUGUCAUGGCUUUGCACUAUGGAUUGAUUGGGUGAUGGAUUCAGAUAAUUCCAUUGUGUUAUCUACAGGGCCAGAUAAGAGAUAUUGGAAGCAAGGAGUAAAGCUUCUGGCGAACCCUGUUGCAGUUGGAAUCCAUGAAUCAAGAAUGACGGUGGAACAUAUUUCUACAGUAAUUGAAGCAUCUUUUGACCCGUCCGAUGGUGAACUCAUCAUCAGAAACAACUUCAUAUAAUGUCCACUGUUUUUUGGCAUUCAAGCUGUUAUAUGCGGUUCUUCUGUUAUUAUGUAGUGCAAAUAAAUUAUAGACCAAAUGGUCAAUUGUUAAAUCUUUGUUGCCGUGUAUUUAAGAGUUUUUAUAGAAAUUAUGCUCUGACAGCCUGCAAAACAUCCCAUCUUCGGAGUUCUGUACUUCUCAUUAAUGCGUGGUCUAUUUAAGAUUUGUGAUUUGGAGGUGCAGAA